AAUGCGCAUGUCUUUCCCGUGUUUCCCGCGCUGCAUUCCCUUCCUCCUCCACACCUGGGGCGGCCGAGUGACCCUCUUCCGUGACCCCAGCGUGUGACCCGUGGCAUUGGGAGGUGUAGGAACUCUAACAGGGAGAGAGAUAAAGAGGGUUGAUUCAGUUCCUUGAGUGAGCCUGUCCCACCAGCUCGAUCCUCAACCCUCCGCCUCUCUCCGACUGAACUUUAUUGAUCUUUAACCUGAUUCCGCCGAUUCCCUCCACCCCUCCUCCUCCCCGUAUACUCCCUGCGACGCCGCUCAAGGUGUGGGCAGCGACAAGCACAAGAACAACAAGACGUAAAGACAAGGACAAACAAUCCGUGAUAGUAUAAACUAUCAGCGUACGUGUAUUUGAGUAUAUAUGUGUAUGUGUGUGUGUUGACGUCAUCGCAUCAGAUCUCCAAGCUGUAUUUGCGUCCCUUAACUAAACGCUGUACCUCCGUAUAUCGCGAUCACAUCACUGACUGAGAUCACCACGUACCUACCGGGAGGGCAGUGCGAUUGUGUAUAUCAGAUUACAUUAGUCUUGGAAACCUUGAUCAAUGCGGAACUUGAGGAACAGGAACAUAAGAAGCCUACAGCACCGACAAACCAUAAGUGUAAGAGACAGGCAGAACAGAACCUUAGGACAAAGUUAGCAAGAAUAGCAACUGGUUUAAGGAUAAUCUGUGCUUAAAAGAACUAGAAAGAGAUUAUAACAACCAGACCACGAUUAUAAGAGGGCCACAAAGAUAGAGUUAGCAAUAGAGGCGACAGCUCCCAGGAUAAUCGAUUCUUAUAUGACCCUAAAGACGUAAUAACUUGAAAGAGAACACAAGAACCAGACCACGACUGUUCAAAAAACUCUCCCAAGGACAAAAUCUUAGGAUAAUCUGUUCCUACUCGGCUUAAAUACAAAAUAACCAGUAAAAGAACACCAGAAACCAAACCACAAGAAAGAAAACAUUACCCAAGAACAUAGUCAGCAUUAGCAGCAUCAGACCCAAGGAUAAACUGCCCCGCCAAGACCUCUACACCUUAGCAUAGAGGAAAAGAAUGUUCAGAGGUACUCGCGGCCUACGUCCACCCCCGAACCUUCCUCAGCCCGCGCCCGCCACCAGCUGUGAGGCCGCGCGGCGCCUUCCACCCACACUCACGCCCACGCCCACCGGCACUCCACCCCUGCACGCCAUGUGAAAGAUAAGGAAAACUUCUUUGGUGCUUCGAAACUUCACAUGCAGCUUAGCGCGAGGAGGAUCAGCGGAAGGAGAGAGAGGAGAUAAAAGUCAACAGUACGACCCUUAGCCCCUGGGUGCAGGGCAGCAUGCAUGCCCUAAGAGGUUCCCUGCCGAAUCGCCGGCCGCUGGCCUUGUGGACGACUAGCGAGUUUCACCGACGUGAGGGGGCGCGGCCUGCAGCAGGUGAACGAGGGCGGCGAGGUGGGCGCAGCGUGAUGGAGGUGCUGCGGGCUUGGUUCGGGCGUGCAGGCGUGGGUGCAUGGCGUGCCCGGCGCCAGGUGGUGUGGGGCACGUGUGUGUUGGUGAUGGUGGGUGUGGUGUACCUGCAAUAUGCCCCCACGGGCCUGCUGGACCACCCAUCGGCCCCACGCCACCGGGCCCUCAACACCCUGUACUCCCCACAUGAGCAGCACGGUGAAGUGGGACAACAGCCAUCAGAGCACACACAGCAGGUCCAGCGGGUCAAGUUUGUGACCGGGGGCGAUGGGCCUCAGGCAGGGCAGGAAGGGCAGGGCGAGGCUCGUGCUCGUGAUGAUGUGGACACCAACAAUGACCUCAACAAUAUUAACAGCAUCAAUGAGGAGGCUGUGCCGUCUGACCCAGCAGCUGCCCAGCACCGCCUGGCUGUGGAGAGUCUGCAGCGGCGUGUAGCCGAGCGCCGGGCACAGGAGGAACAGGGUGCAGCAGGCAAUGUGGGCGCUGGUGUGGCAAGUGCUGUAGGUGCCGUGAUGCUGCCCCAGCAGGACCUGCCUCCCGGUGGCUGGGGCGGUGGCCAGUACCGUUAUAACCCAUACGGUGAGCCUGUAUACGGCCGCACAGACCGACCCAACUACAUCCCAUCACACCGUGUUGUGCACCUUGACCUGAAGGGCGCCCCACCCAAGAUGUCUGCCCUGCUGCAGCUCAUCCCUUGGUUGGCACGACAGGGUGCCACAGCCAUCAUGCUGGAGUAUGAGGACAUGUUCCCCUGGCGCGGCCGGCUGGCCCAAGUGGCCGCUAAGAACCACUACUCCCGCAAGCAGGUGGCAGGCCUCGUAGCGGCCAUCCGCAGUCAUGGCCUCGAGGUUAUUCCUCUGGUGCAGACCUUUGGCCACCUGGAGUUUGCUCUAAAGCAUGAGCGAUUCGCUCACCUGCGAGAGGUGCCUGAGCUGCCCCAGGCACUGUGCCCGUCACUCAAUGAGUCCCUGUGGCUGGUCCGGGCCUUGGUGGACCAGACCAUGGCUCUGCAUCCUGGGGCUCGCUUCCUACACAUCGGCUGUGAUGAAGUGUUCCAGCUUGGUGAGUGUGAGCGGUGCCGGCAGGUGGUGCGUGAGACGCUCUUCUUGCAGCACGUGAAGGCCGUGGCGCGCUACGUGCAGCAAAAGUAUGCUGCCGUGCCCCUCAUUUGGGACGACAUGCUGCGCCAUAUCUCAGAGUCCACCAUGCAGGAGGCACAGCUGGGCCAGCUGGUGGAGCCCAUGGUGUGGGUGUAUGCCGAAGAUGUGUACAGAUUUGUGCAACCCUCCGUGUGGAGCAAGUUUGCACAAGUCUUCCCGCGGGUCUGGGCAGCAUCUGCCUUCAAGGGCGCCUUCGGGGAGCAGCUGACAGUGCCCAAUGUGCGGCGCCACCUAGACAACAACCUCAACUGGCUGGACGUGAUGGCUGCCGAGUCUGCCAAAUUCACAGGUGGCUUCCGCGGCCUGGUGCUGACAGGCUGGCAGCGGUACGAUCACUUUGGCGUGCUGUGUGAGCUGAUGCCUGCUGCCCUGCCUUCUCUGUCUGUGAACCUGCUGGCCGCCUCCCAUGGCUACUUCAACGCCAGCGUGCAGGGCCAACUGUACCGUGCACUGAACUGCAUGCAGACGCCCAAGUACCAGACGUGGCUCAACCUGGACUCUGACCCCUUUCUGUGGGACAAGUUCUCAUGGUGUUUCUUCCCUGGAGCUCAGGUGUUUAAGAUGACAGCUCGCCUGGAUGCCACCCGGCGGGAUGUGGACUCCUACAUGGACCGUAUCAACCGCGUCCGAGGCUGGAUCACCGAAUACAACCGCCGCCACAACUACACGUCGCCUAUGCGUGUGGACGAGGACCUAGAGGAGCUGCCAGCACGCCUGCACUCAGUCACGCUGCUGCUCAAGACUGCCCGCGAGGCCUUGGCGGAGUGGUUCGAUGACUGGACAGUCGGAGAGUGGCUGGAGCUACACAUCUGGCCACUGCUCAACCGCCUCCAGACCAUCCAGCGUGAGGCUGAGAGCAUGAAGGCCAGGAAGUACUGGCCGGCAAGGCCCCUUCCACUGCUGCCUGAGCUGGCUGCCUUCGGAGUGUCAGAGCCCAGCCCUGUUGACAGCCCAGGCCGGCAGGAGUCUGAUGGAGGAGGAGGAAGAGCGUAGACAAGUGCUGGUGUUGUGAACCAGCUGCCCCGCCCCGCCCCGCACGCCCCGACCUGCAAUGUUUUGCCGGCAGGGCCAGCGCGGAAUGGUUUAGGGGGAGUCCAUCUUACCCUUCAUACUGGAGGACCCGGACUCCCCCUCACCCAGACCCACUCACACCAGUAUUUAUUGUGAGAGAGAGAGAGAGAGAGAGAGAGAGAGAGAGAGAGAGAGAGAGAGAGAGAAAGAGAGAGAGAGAGAGAGAGAGAAUCCUUUCCUCAUUUGAAAAGCUUAUCACACUAGUUCGCAUGUUUGUAAAUAUACCUUGAAUAGUCUUUAAAUGUACGUACACGACACUUAAUUAACAACUGUCUUUCACAGGUAUAUAUGAACACCGUUUAUUUGUUAUACAUUCAAAGCCACACCUGUUUAGUGUAGACGUGUACAGGCAAAAAAAAAAUAUGGCAAUCGUUCAUGUGGGUAUGUAUGCAUGUCAGUCAGCUGGUAUUCUGUAUCAUUAGAGUGUAUCGAUCAUGUACUGCACACGUAUUAGUCAUGUCAAUCAGGUGGUGAGUGUGUAGCCGUUUGUGUGUGUGUGUGUGUGUGAGUGUGUGUGUAAGUUUAUGGCCGCGUUAAAAAGCUUCUACUUGUUAUGUUAAUUUCUAUUUUUUCCUCUGUCAUAGCUCAGGUUGUGUUAAGAAAUAGAUGAUAAUAUAUUUGUGUGUGUGUGUGUGUGUGUGUGUGUGUGUGUGUGUGUGUGUGUGUGUGUUUAAAAUUGUGUGUUUGCAUGUGUUCAGUCACUACAACAUGGAAAGUCUGUCAGUCAAUUUUUAUACAAUGGAUUUCUCGCUCUCUGUUCUCCGUUUUGGUGUUUCUGUGCAACCCAAGCGUCAUCCAUCCUGCUGUCCUCCAAACGACGCCAUGCCACGCCACCCACACGGGGAAAGUCGCCAGAGAGAUAAUUAUGUGCUUGUGUAAAGGUUGUUCUUGUGUAUCAGUUGACAACCCUAUCAAGACUGAGGUGUGUUCAACUUUAAAGGAAAUUUGUCUCCUUACAUAUUUAGUAGUAGUAGCAGCAGUAUUAACAGUAGUAGCAGUAGUGAUAAAAGUAAUAAUAAUAGUAUGCUGGUAGUUUUUAUUAUACUACUACUAUUACAGCUGCUCCUCCUUUUCUUCCUCCCUCCUCCCACUACUAAUACUACUACCCUUACUACUACUGCUGUUACUACUACUUUUCAAGAGGACGACAACUACAACUACUACUACUACUACUACUACUACUACUACUACUACUACUACUAACUCCCUUGAAAUAUAGUAUCCAUGUUAACACCUGAAUUAAAGCAUUGAAAAAUUUUACCUUUACUCAAGUACAUAUACAGGUUGUUUAAACUUGAUGGUAAUUAAAUGGACGUUUCUGUACGGGGUGGCCCAUCUUCAUGUUUAUCUAAUGCAUAACUGUUAUUGUUAUUAUGAUUGUUAUAAUGAUUCUUAUUAUUAUUCUUAACAUUAUUUUUAUUAUGUUGAUCAUUGUUAUUUGGCAAGAAAAAGUGACUUGCAGACAAUCCUUUGAUGCUCACCAUCUUAUGCAAACAAAAAUCAAUGAUAUGAAGGAUAGAAAUCAAAGAGAGUGUUAAUCAAGACUAACUUGGUUGGUCUAAUUAAAAAUGUCACUUGUCAAAAAAAGGUCAAUAUUAAAUUAUGCUUCAGUUUGUAAUUCCUCUUGAAGAAUGACACCAACACAGUGGCAAUUUUCUAUCUAAUCUAUUAAGUUUGUUUGCUGAGGAAGUUACCGAACAUGGUGGCAUGGAGGAAAUGAUGCUUUAGACCAGCCCUAGCUAAUGACAUUCAUGGGAAGUAGCAUUAAUGUUCAAGAAGAGGUAGUCAGACGUAAGGGCGCAGGUCAAAAUUUUAUAAGUAACUAGUUAAGCAUGUGUAAAGGGAUAUAUCACCUGUACUAUGGAAGCAUUGAAAGUAAAUGAGUGAUGCCUGGUAGGGUAGUCAGUCUCCCAGGUGUCCAUCAGUCCGGCAGUCAGUCAGUGUGUUGAGUUUACAGUGAUAGCGAGGCUGUUAUUACUGUUGGUGGGCUGCCACUCUAACUAGCCGAGGUAAUGUAGUGCCGCGUGCAUGAUUUGAUACUUACUUGUAGAGGAUUGGGGCAGGUAAUGGCGGUAGCAGAACUGUAGAGUGUAGACUAAGCCAUUAUAUCCCUUGACAUGAAGAGUAACCUCGACCUAGCGUCAUUUUGCGUGGGUAGUCAUGACUAAUUUGUGAAUCAUGGUACAGUCAGUCGACUCUGUUUUACGUUCCACUUGAGUGUUGCUGUUCCUAUAGGGUGUGGGGCGAGCUGCACAGAGCCUGGAGGGAGGAGGUAGGCAAGGCUGUCUUGAUGUGAAGUCCUGAGUGCAGAGUCAUGGUUACGUCACAACUGGAGGAGUGAGUGUAAUCCAGAACCAGUUGUCUAGAGAUGGUGAAAGAGAAGCCAUGUAAGUCUAUUGCAUCACUGCUUUCAUCAUCAUCAUUGUUCUUGAUGGUGUUCAUUGAAGGUGAGGCUUUAAUAAUAAUGAUAAUGACUACAGUAUGGGCACAACAUAUUCAUGUGACUCUUCACACAUCUAACAGCUGAUAUGGACUACCACAUGGUAUUCCCUUCAGCUGUGAUGUUAUCAUAAGCCCAAUUCAGAUUAAGACAGCCUUAGUAGAGUCUGCUGCGCCUUAGAGCCUUGCAUUGUAAAGAUAAAUUAUGAAAUUAAAUAAAAAUGCUUCAGCUUGUUUUCGAGACAGACACGUGGGGUGAGACUGUAUCGGCCCACUUAGGUGGUAGAUUCAGAGGGGUCCUGUACGGGUACCUCUUGCUUUACCCGAGAUAUGUUUUUCUGACGAAAGCUAUGCAAGAAAACUGAUUUAUCUUGCCUUGGACAUUCUGAUUACACUAAUAUGAACGAAACCUCCAACGUUUAAUGAAAGUCGUGUUGUGGUAUUGUCUGAAGAUUAAGCAUCAUCAGGCAUUAUAUCAGGCUGAGCACAAGUCUGGAUGAAAACUUAUGGCUGGAGGCUCAGGUCUUAUCUACUCGACUGGUUAGAGCAUGUAGGAAGCCAUGUCAAGCUCACAACUGUCGCUAUGACACAUGGAAAACAUCAAAUGGUCAAUCCUUUUGUAUGUUUCUCAGAAUUUCAUGCCAUGAUUUGUUUUUCAUCAUACCACCAUUUAUUCUUUUGGGAAAUGGUUGUAAUUACAUGAAAUCCUAGCUUCUUGUAAUUAUGCGAAAUUCUUUUUAUGCGUCUUCUUCAGAAACAUAACGCGAGUAAAACGAGAGCUACCCUUCCUUCCUCAGUACUGUGUACGAGGACCUUUGAAGGAAAGCUUUGUGUCUGUGUGCCUGGCAAGGAGGAGGUGCAGUGAGCGAUACAGACACAGCUGCCACCUCCAUUAUAGGGGAGUUCAUGUGCUAGGCGGUGACUCUUUUAUUUUUGUAUUAUUUAUAUAUUUGUGAGGCUAAUUGAUGAUGGCUUAUUGCUGUCUUAGGGUCUCGGGGGCGAAGACGUCGCACUGCGAGCUAACCACUGUAUCUGAUCUUUGUUCUGUGGUGUGUACAGCAUUCUUCACUAUGAAUAAAAAAAUAGCCUGUU